AACAUGUUGGAUGUGGUGAAGCUAUGUCUUGCGCCUUGCUGUUCUUGCUUCCAGAGUCCAGUUGUACGUGAGGACAUGAGCUAUGUGUUUUGCACCAAAGAGAAACUUGAUAGAUUAGAAAGUGCCAUGACAGAUCUAAGAGCCAAGAAGGAUGAUAUUGAGAGAGAGCUUAAUCUCCCUCAACACAGAGGAAAACAACCCACUAAUGAACUUCAACGCUGGGUUCACAAGGUUGGAGAAACAGAUGAGAAGGUAACACAAUUGCUGGAUGAAUAUAGCAAAAGAAGUUGUGUUACAGGCCCUUGUUGUCUGAAUUGUAUUUCAAGGUAUAGCAUUAGCAGAAGAGCAAUCAAUUUAUUAAAUGAAAUAACUCAGUUAAAAGGAGAACAAUCAAAAGUCUUGUUCAUAGAGCAACACCCUCCUAAACCAGUCCCUGAAUCACAUAGAAUAGUGGGGGAAAAAAUCAGCUCCAACGUUGAUAUUGCUCGCAGUUAUCUGGCAGAUGAAAGAGUUGGUAUAAUUGGCAUAUGGGGCAUGGGGGGUGUAGGCAAGACUACACUCUUGAAAAAAAUCAGGCAGUCAUUGUCAGGUGAUGCAAACAUGGGAUUCAAUCAUGUGUUAUUUAUCGAAGCUUCAAAAGAUAUUCAGCCAGAAGAACUUCGAAAACAGAUUGCUGAAAGGUUGAAUUUGCAGCGUGCUGGUAAGGAAGACAUCUUCAAUGUUUUAAAAAUUAGCAACUUUGUAUUGCUCUUGGAUAAUAUAUGGGAAGAAGUGGAUCUUAUUGAUCUUGGAAUUCCCCAUCCUUAUAGCGACAAUAAUUCCACCAAGCAAUAUAAACACAAAGUGAUUUUCACUACUCGAUCUGAAGAUGUGUGUGCCAAGAUGGGUGCAGGAGAAAAUACCAUCAAAGUGGAAUGCUUGGAAUCAGAUGAAGCAUGGGAUCUUUUCAAGGACAAUGUAAAUCUAGCUGUUAUUGAGUCAGAUGAAAAGUUUAAAGAAAUAGCAUGGCAGGUGAUGGAGAAGUGUGGUGGUUUGCCACUUGCUCUGAAAGUGGUUGGUAAGGCCAUAUCAAACAAAAAAUCUGUCCAAGGUUGGAAAUUUACUUUGAACUCAAUAAAGAGUUCAGGCACUGAAGUAGUUCAAGGUGUGCAGGAAUCAUUACUUCCGAUUUUGAAAUUCAGUUAUGAUAAUCUAACUAAUGAUUUCAAGGAGUGUUUCUUAUCUAUUUGCAUGUUGCGAGGACAACAUAAACAGUAUAUUGCAGAUUUUUUUAUGGGAUUAGGUUUGAUUGGUGAUUUUGACAAUUGGCAAGAAGCUUGUGGCACAGGAGAAAAUAUCCUUAAGAUUCUAGAGGAAUCAUGUUUAUUGUAUUUUUCUGAUCAUGGUUUUGUGAGGUUACAUGUGUUACAUAUGGACCCACCACCCCUGCAGUUAGAGGGAAGGAUUAGCUUAGGAUAUAUAAGACUAGGGAGAUUGGCUCUCACAGGCGAUGUGGGACUAUGGACCAGGUUAACCACUGCGUCCCAACAACAUGAUGUAAUUUAUGAGAUGGCAAUGUGGAUAGCAACAGACUGUGGGAGGAACAUGAAUAAAUGGAUAGUGAAAAGAUAUGAUAGUUUCGCAGUUGAAAUAGCAUCAAUCAAUGCAGAGAAUUGGAGAUUCGCGAACCGAGUGAUUAUAGAAGGCAAGGUGGAGCUUUUGCCAAUUUUGUCUCAUCAAUGUUCUGAUUUGUUAUGUUUAAUGAUAAAUUCUAAUUCUUGUUUAAAAAAUAUUCCUGAAGGAUUUUUCAGACAGAUGCCAAAUUUGACAUAUUUGAAUCUUGAAGGCACUGGUAUCACAGAGCUUCCAAAGGUCAUCAAAUGUUUGGUUAAUUUGCAAUACCUAAACAUUUCAGACACAAAUAUCUCAUCACUUCCAAAGGAGUUGGUAUAUUUGAAGAAAUUGCAAUAUCUGAUAUGCAGAUAUACAAGGCUGGGCAAGGUAGAGGAUGGUCUUAUGUCAAGAUUACAGAAGUUGAAGGUCAUUGCCAUACAUCCAACUGGGUGGGUAGAACCGGAAGAGUUAAAGCUAUUGAAGAAACACAUCAAAGCAAUCGGGAUGCGUGUAGUAUCUCAAGAGGUUCUCCAACAACUCUCAUGUUUGCCAACAGCUUGGCUUUGCCUAUACAAUUUGGAUAUCAUCUCUCUUUCAUUUGACACUUUAAGCUACAAAGAUCAUGGAUUCUUGCAAACACUACAAAUUGAAUCAUGCUCACAGCUUAAGGAGCUUGUGAUGAAUGGAAGUGGGAGUCAUCUCAAUUUUCUCAUAAUCUGUGAUGUCAAAAAAUUGCCGAACAUUAUUUGGACAGAUCUAUUGCCUCCAGAAUUUUUCCAUGUGUUGAAGGGGUUAUCCAUAUCAAAAUGUAAUUUGGAUAAUUUAGCUUGGGUUCUACAUCUCCCAUGUCUAGUUUUUUUAGUUAUUCAUGAUUGUUCAGAGAUAGAAAUGUUGUUUUACAUCGAGGAGAGAGAAAUCCGACAACAAGAAGUCUCAGAACACCGCCCAACAUUCCCUGUAUUGGAAUAUGUAAUAAUAAAAAAGCUACCAAAAUUAGUGAGCAUAAGCAAUUUUGAAUUGGAUUUUUCUCGACUUAAAUAUCUGUCAGUGCGUCAAUGUCUUAAUUUGAAGAAGCUUCCAUUCAAAGGUGCCAUUGACAACAAUCAAAGAAUGAUAGACAUUCAUUGUGAGAGAGAAUGGUGGGAAAGCUUAGAGUGGCAUGAUGCCACCAUCCCAUCUCGCCUUCGGCCAUAUUUCAGCAGGGAUGAGAGUAAUGUAGACUUAACAUUGUUUCAAGCAUGGAAGAAGUAUAUAUAUGUACAAGAUGAGAGUUACAAAGACUCGGAUUAGUUCAAGCCAAGUAAGAUGCCCUUUUUUGCAUUUGCUCAAGUUAGAAAUCAUCUUAUGCUUAUACCAAGUAAGAUCAUUUGGAGAAGAUGUUCUUCUCCUCUUUGUUUUCAAAUUCAAUGUGUAACUUAUAACAUUGUGAAAUCAUGCUAUCCCUUUGACAUGACUUUAAUUCCCUGGGUUUGCCAUCUCCAAAAACUUCUUAGAACUACAACUUCUUUUUUCGAUUAUCAGUGAUCUACCAAAUUUACUAUGGAAUUAUGCUCUAGAUUGCUCUUGUGUUGU